UACUAAUUCGUUAAGAUUGAUGCUUAGCCUAGUACUAGGCUCGUUGCUAAUUCUUGCUAGCUUUCAUCCCGACCUAGGAGUGAAGUUUAGUCCACUAUCCUCGCUCGACCAUGAGCUCACUAAGCUCCUCCCUCCCUGCUAAAGAAGAAGAGGUCGGAUGGACGGAGAAGGAAGAUCUGAACAUUGUCGUGAAAGAAGACGAGGAAGUGAAAGACGAGAAAGAGCCUUUUGGAGUGAAAGAGGAAGAGGGGAUAGAGGCUGUCACCGUGGAAAAAGAGGAGGAGGUAGAAGCUUUCAGAAUCAAAAAGGAGGAAGACGAGGCUAUCACAUUGAAAGAAGAGGAGGAUGUUACCGUGAAAGACGAGAAAGAGCCUUUAGGAGUGAAACACGAAGAUGGGACAGAGGCUGUCACAGUGGAAGAGGAGGAGAAAGAAUCAUUCAGAAUGAAAAGGGAGGAAGAGGCUGUUAUAGUGAAAGAAGAACCUUUUAGAGAGGAAGAGGAGGCUGUUAUAGCGAAAGAAGAACCUUUUGGAGAGGAAGAGGAGGCUGUCACAUUGAAAGAAGAAGAUGAGUAUUUCAUAGUGAAAGAAGAGGAAGGACCUUUUGGAGUGAAAGACGAAGAGGAGACUGGAGAUCUGAUUAACACUACAGGAGAGAGACCAGCCUCUCACCCUGACCGUGGGAAGAGUCCAGACCCAGAGACGACCAAACCAGCAAGACCAUACCACUGUUCCCAGUGUGGAAAGAGAUUUAUUCAGUCAUCGCAUUUGAAAGAACAUGAGAGAAUACACACAGGAGAACAGCCAUUCCAAUGUUCCCAGUGUGGAAAGAGUUUUACAAAUGUAGGGAACCUGAAAACACAUGAGAUGACACACACGGGAGAGAAGCCUUUCCACUGCUCCCAGUGUGGAAAAAGGUUUACCCAGUUAGGGAACCUGAAAACGCAUGAAAUGACACACACAGGUGAGAAGCCUUAUCACUGCUCCCAUUGUGGAAAGAGUUUUAGACACUCAGGACAUCUAAAAGUACAUGAAAGAACACACACUGGAGAGAAGCCAUACCAAUGCUCCCAGUGUGGAAAGGGUUUUGGACACUCAUGGCAUCUUAAAGUACAUGAAAGAACACACACGGGAGAGAAGCCAUAUCAAUGCUCCCAGUGUGGAAAGGGUUUUGGACACUCAGGGCAUCUAAAACUGCAUGAAAGAACACACACGAGAGAAGCCAUAUCAAUGCUCUCACUGUGGAAAGAGAUUUAUCCAGUCAUUGCACCUGAAAGAGCAUAA